GUUCGUUUUCCCAUGAUGCACCUGUGGUUCCUUUCUAUCUCGCGCCUUUGCCUCGACGCAAUCCAUCUUGCCUCUCGCAUCGCCGCUGUCAGCUCGCUUUCCGUGUUGUUGUAGUAAAUAAUGGCGGCAUCGGGAGGCGGAUUAUCAUCUCCCGCUACUGUCGCGGGCUUGAGCACCCAAACGCCGGCCCGGGCUCGCUUCCCGGGUCGGCCGUGCACGAGACGCAGCAAGCUGCGGUCGGAGAAACGUAACAAACGCGGAAGGUUAGGCUCGGACGUCGGGGAUCUAGCUGCCGAAGGGCCGAGGCCCGUAAACAUCGGCCUUGCGUUGAGUGAGGACCCGUACCUGCUGCGCCUGCUCGGGGUGGUGGAGAAGCACAGGAGGCAGAGAGAUGCGGGGUUUGACUCCAGCAACAGUGAAGAGGAGGAAGUUUUCACUGGAUUUGGGACCACAACAGUUCGUCCACAAAAAUCUCCUCAGUCGUCAUUACUCAGCCAAGCAAAGCCUCCCCAAGCUUCAGAACUUUCUCUCGGAGAAAAAGCAAAGCCUCUCAUUGGAAAAAUUAUACCCAAAACCCCGAAACCGGCUCUUAUUGGGAAAAUUGUACCAUGGAUCCCUAAAGAAGACCUGGGUGUCCAAGAGAGCCCAUCAAAAGACAAAGAAAUACCCAAGGUGGUAAUUAAACUACAAGGCAAGCAGGUAGCUCUCACUGGAAAAGCCAAACAUGCAGGCGAACAGGCCUCAGGUAGACAGAGCAGUACUAGAUCAGCUGACUUUAUCAGGAAAGCAGGAAAACCAGCAGUAUCAGACAGGAGGCAAAAUCAAACAGCCACUACCUCAGCUGGUGGCUCCGGGAAAGCUUCUAAGGUGAAAGAACGAGGCGAGGUGUCAGAGGACUCAGACACAGACCAAUCCCAGCCACAGAGAUCUGUGAGAUGUACGAAGGGAUUUCGAAUUGGGCACACCAGACGCACAUCGCAAGCAGUCACAUCCUUACAAAAACGGCAGAGGAGGAGAAUGGCUAAGGGUAUGGGUGCCUCUCCAGAGGCUGGAGCUGAGGCCGCUGCCCAAAGUGGAGAGGAGGCAGCGAUGCCCCUCGACUGUAAAGCCACAAAUUCCUCCGAUAAAAGAAUACAGAAAAGACAACGCAGGUCUUUGUUUGGGCACAAGCGAAAGGCACCAAAAAACGUUCCAGAAAUGAAACGUCCAACAAUGCUUCGUACUCGCACUAGGCAUGUUUAUUACACAUAUGUCCCAGAGCCUAUUCCGGCCACACCGAUGUCGGACUUGAGUGAGCAGCAGCUGCUAAGUCACAAUAUCACUCCAUCUGAGGGUAAGCCGAGCUUGUUUCCAGUCCAGCAGAGCUCAAACAACUCCUCCACUCCUGUAAUGAGCGCACGGUCCUCCCGCGUUAUUAAAACUCCAAAGAGGUUCUUGGACGAGGAAAUGAUUCCCUUUCCAAAGGGUUCUUUGUCAACGUGGCUGAAAAGUCAACAGAGAGAGGACGAAAAACCAAGUCCAUCAUGUCACGAGUCAAGCUAUGAUGGCAACUUGCUGCAGUCAGACAGUGAAUGUAUAUCUGUGGCCGACAACCCAUCUGCAGUGACAAAGUUCUUAUCAAAGCCCAGGUCAGGCACGAGCCACCUAGAGAUCUACAAGAACCUCAAGAAACUUACUUUGAAACUGGCGGAGAAAAAGAAAGGCCCCGCUGACACGGAUUAUACGCAUCAUGGCGACGGUUUGACGUCUCAUGUCAGGAAGAGGCGUAGGUCAAAGCUCAUGAUGGAAGAGAUGGACUCUCCUGGCGUUGUGAGGAAACUAGCCGUGGUGGUGAAUGCUGAUGUGGAAGCGCCCUCACAUUUGCCGUUAGGAGAUACAGGAAACAAUAAUGAAGCAGGAGGCAUGACUGGGGACUGCCAUGAGGCGUUGGAAGUCAGCGGGCCCAGCCAUCGAAUUGGUUUCAGUGGAGCAAAUAAGAAAAUGCUUCACCUGCUGAAGAAAGCCAAAGUGCAGCUCUUCAAGAUUGAUCAGCAGAAGCAGCUCAAGUUGUCACAGUUGGGCUCCAGAGAAUCACGAGUGCCAGUGAGUGGAAGGAGAAGGAGGAGGAGAGUUGGUGUAUCGCUCAAAGAUAUCAGUCCUCAGGAACAGCCGCUGGGUGGUCCGAGGAUCAAACAUGUGUGCCGGGCAGCAGCGGUGGCUUUGGGGCAGCCCCGUGCCAUGGUGCCAGAUGAUAUCCCCAGACUCAGCGCCCUGCCACUUCACGAGAGAGAGGGCAUCACCUUUUCUCCCGCAGCAGAAGAUGUGGCAGAUGAUGACGAUGACAUCUCUGAUCAGGGCAGGGCUCAAUGGGUUGUCUCUCAGGAACACAUUCAGCGGAGGAGGAGGGGGAGGGGGAGGGGCCACAAGUUCAUUAAGAGGAAGGUUCUGAGUCAAUAUAUACCUGGGGGAGUCCGUGCCCGGCGCUGUGGACGCUGCAGAGGCUGUUUGAUAGAGGAGGACUGCGCAAAGUGUGUCAACUGCCUCGAUAAGCCAAAGUUCGGGGGGCCCAACACCAAGCGGCAGUGUUGCAUAUAUAAGAAGUGUCAGCGGAUCGAGAAAGCGAAGAUUGAGCGCAUCGUCAGACCGUUGAAACUCCAGGCGAGGCGGUUUUCGGCCUCUGUGUCAAGCAGUGACGAUGCAAACUGGGGCUUUGAAGGCGCAGGCGAGGGAUCGUCCUCGAUGGCGCCUGGAGUCAGGAAACAGUCCCUGCGUAAUAUCACACCGCGCUCCUACAGCAGCCUGCUGAAGUCUGAAUCUGAGGAAGAAGAAGAAGAACAUAAGGCAAAUAAAUCACCAGUCAAGCCAACUGUUGCUGCUGCUAGCAACCAAGAUCUCCAAGAUGGCGGAUUACUGCCAGACGACGCUCCAACUGAGGUGGUGAAGCCUCGACGGCCGUUCUCCAAAGGAGCUGGGGGCAGACCCAGAGCUUACAAGGAACAGGAGAACACGGAGGAGACGGAGCCCAGAGAAACUUUACCAGAAACCAGCCCAUCCAGAAGCCCACUGCCGAAGCGGCAGCAGCAGCUACAAAUACUCUUACACCGUCUGCCUGAUUUUAUCCUGCAGUCUGCUCUGUUUUUGCCAAAGCGGUGUCCCCCUUGUCCGGAUCAGUGUGCUGCACUGUCUCAUCCAAAACUGUCCCAGCUUCUAACACUGCCUGCUAUUUCACAUUCAUCAUAUUGCACACCACAUUGUCCUUCAGAACUGUCCCAGCCUGUAACGCAUCCUACUUCUUCACUUUCAACGCAUCCGAUAAAAGACUCUACACAUGUAUCACAUUCAGCACCACACUGUCCUCCAGAACUGUCCCAGCCUGUAACGCAUCCCACAUCUCCACUUUCACCACAUCCCAUUACAGACUCCACACAGAAAACUCUGCUGUUACGUUUGCACCGUUUGCCCCAGUCUCUGGUGCAGUCAGCCUUGUGUUUGCACACAUGUAUAUCCUCGUCUCAACCACAAGCUCUGACAGAGGUUUCGUCAAAGUUAUGUUUUCAGGAACAUUCAAAGUCUGAGGUGCAGUACCCAGAUGUUUUGACUGAGACGCACAGAGCUAACAAAGACAAAACUGUGCAAGUGCUCCCUCAUAUCAAUCCACACACAGAGUUACAGGAGGGCACGCAAGAGGAGCCGGAGGACAGACGAGGGGAACUGCCUGAAGAGGAGAAGGAGGACGCUUCUGUUAAAGAGACAGUGCAGCAAAACUGUCCAACAACUGACCAACACUAUGUCCUUCGUUCCCAGAAUCCUGCAGAUUGUGCAUCAGUGAACACCCUGACUGGGUUAACUAACGGAUUUCCCCAAAAGGGCCUGUUGCAGAAGUUCAAGAUUCGUGUGGACUUCAAGGAGGACUGUGCUGUUCAAAACGUAUGGCUAAUGGGCGGCCUCAGCGUCCUCACAUCUGUCCCUACCACACCACAACCUGUCUGUCUGCUCUGCGCCAGUAAAGGACGACAUGAGAUGAUUUUCUGCCAGAUCUGCUGUGAGCCUUUCCACAGUUUCUGCCUCUCGCCAGAGGAGCGCCCCCAGAAAGAGAACAAGGAGAACUGGUGCUGCAGGCGCUGCAAAUUCUGUCACGUGUGUGGCCGUCGAAGCAAGAGCACAAAGCCUGUGCUGCAGUGCAGGAGAUGCCAAACCUCCUACCAUCCUUCCUGCUUGGGACCAACUUACCCUAAGCCAAUGAACUGCAACAUGCCUUGGGUGUGCAUGACAUGCAUUCGGUGUAAAAGCUGCGGCGUGACUCCUGGAAAGACCUGGGACUUGGCCUGGAACCACGAGCAGGACCUCUGUCCUGACUGCACUUCUCUCCACAAAAAAGGUAAUUUCUGCACCGUCUGCCACAAGUGCUACGACGACAACAACCAACACACACAGAUGAUUAAGUGUUCAAAGUGCAGCCACUGGAUUCAUCACACAUGUGAAGGACUUUCGGAUGAGCUGUUUGGGUUGCUGUCAAGCCAACCAGAAGAAGGGUUUUACACCUGCUCACCCUGCUGCCAGCACCAAACUGAACCCAGCAGCUUGAAGGAGGAGCUGCAGAGCAGACUGAAAGCUGGGCUGGAGGAGGUGCUCACUGACCUCCUCUCCAAUGACGCCACACAGCACCUCCUUAUCUGUAAAAUGUGUCUGGAAACAAACAACACACAGUUUGCCAGGGAACAGCAACCGGUGUGUGAUCUACAAGCCAUGGACAAGAAGUUUAAAGGGGGCAGUUACACUUCAAUAAAAUCUUUCCAUGCGGAUGUCGUCUCUGUGAUGAGGAAGUGGCUGAAAGAGGAGGAGGAGCUUCUCCCUGAGGACCAGAGACCGACCAGUCAGGCCAGGGCACGCUAUGUCAAAGUGAUUGAGCAGGUAUUCAGUUGGUUUCCUGCAAGCCAUCUGAAAAAGUGGAACUCUUUCACUGAGGAAUCACCAAGUGGCAUGCUCCCUGAGGCGGUCCUCCCACCAUCUAAGGAGCACAGCUAUGCACAGUGGCUGGAAAGGACAUACCAGCCCAAAGAGUCCAGGGGCCCUCAGGCGGGGAAAACUGACUCUGUGCUAUCCUCAGUCACUACACAGCAGUCUGGUGUAUCACACAGCCUACCUCUGUAUUCACAUGGUGUAAAGAGGGAUCUGGAAAGUACCAAGACUGAAGAUGUGAGGCAGUGUGCCCUGUGCCAACAAUAUGGAGACUAUGCUCCCAGGGAUGCAGGACGGCUGUUGUACUUGGGACAGAAUGAGUGGGCCCACAUUAACUGCUGCCUUUGGUCUGCAGAGGUGUAUGAGGAGAAUUGCGCUCUUUUGCAAGUGCACAGCGCUGUCUCAAGAGGGCGCCACCUGCGGUGUGAUCGUUGUGGGCAGUCGGGAGCCACUGUGGGCUGCUGUCUUACCACCUGCCAGAGUAAUUUUCACUUCAUGUGUGCUCGUGCCCAGAACUGUGUGUUUCAGCUGGACAGGAAGAUAUACUGCUUCAAACACAGGGACCUUGUCAGUGCGAAGGUGGUGUCUGGGAAAGGGUUUGAAGUCCCUCGACGGGUAUAUGUGGACUUUGAGGGGAUCAAUCUCAGAAGGAAGUUCCUCACAGGCUUAGAGCCAGAAUUAAUAAACAUGACCAUAGGCUCUCUGCAGAUUCAGAAACUUGGUGUGUUGUCAGAGCUGUCAUCAAAUGGGAGGAUGCUGUAUCCUGUUGGCUAUCAAUGUUCUCGGUUGUACUGGAGUACCGUGGACCCCCGCAGACGCUGCAAGUACACCUGUAAGGUGACAGAAGUGAGCACACCUCUGCCUGGUGAGGAACAAGAUCCGAGGUGGGACCAAGAAGAGAAUCGCACCAUAGUCCACAGCCCCAACCACCACAGAGAUAUGGAAUCCCCGGAUCGUUUAAGUUCUUCAUCCAGCCCAAUAAAGUCCACUACUCCAUCACCCAACUCUAAAUGCCACAACACACCUGGGUCCAAAAGUCCUGGUUACACACAGACCAGGAAACCAGCAGGAGGAUCUUCUCGACCUCUUCCAUCUCCAGGGUCCGCUCUUCCCAAAUCACAUCAUAUCCUGACAUUGAGGGACCUGGAGGACACCCGUAGGCCUCGCAGGCUCUCAUCAAGAAGCCGCUGCAGUUCCUCGCCAACAGACAGCGACCCAUCAGUACCGAUGACCCUCCGCUCAGGUGGCACUGUCCACUCCCGAUGUGCCCUGUUCAGCUCGCCUCCGAGGUCAUCAAACUUAGGAGCAGCCUCACCUCCUCUGUCACGACAAAACUCAGCAUCCCCAGUCUGGAGCUCCCCGCCUCGAUCUAACUCAAGCUUUUCUGCAGGGCUGUUAACUCGGCAAGGAGCAAUCACUCACUCCCCCAGAGGGAGGCAAAACUUUAAAAUCACCACUCCAGUUUCCGCAGAGGUUCCCCAAGACUUCCUGGCAUCGUCUGAGGCAGAAGAUGCAGCAGUGGCCACAACCAACGGGAUCUCACUAGCCCCUGAUAACCUGGAAGAGGAGGUAGCCCACCUGAUGGCCCAGGAGCUGCCAUACACUGUGUUUGACACUGACACAGAGGUAGCAGUGGCCUCCAUGCUGAAUGCUAAGCUUGAGUUUGACGAGGCUCUGCUCACCGAGAACGUGGCACUUCACUGUGGAGCACAAGGCGGGAGAGGAGAGGUGGAAGGCGUAGUGCAAGAUGUGGAAAUGCAAGUAGAUAAUCGGGAGAAUGAAUCCGAAGAUGAAGACUCGAGCCAUUACUUUAAAUUUUCACGCACAGUGGUGUGCGACGCAGCUAGCAGCUCAGACGCCUCAGGUCAGCUCACUUCAACACAGUCGAUCUCCCAGUUAGACGGAGCGGACGGCGGGUCAGAGAGCGAUGAAAGCGAGGCGGUCGAUAAUGAAGCUCGAGACCCAGAACGACAAGAUGGAGAAAGCGAGAUUCACGCUAACCAUAACACACCUACUAAACAGCUGACGGUCGCUCUAAAGAGGCUGGAGUCAAUCUACACUGUGUCAACAUCAACAGCUGAGCCAGUGUUUCAGGAAAAUUCUCCACCAUCUGAUGUCCUCGAAGCAGGUUAUGCUAACGAUGAUAUGUCAGUUCAGGUGGAAAAAGUCUUGAUGGGCUCUGAAACACCAACAUCUGAAAAUAAGGUGUUUUUAGAUUCCUCUACAGGUCACUUUUUUUCUGCUGAAGACGGCACUGUGAUGUACCCAAAUAAUGUUGAAGUUGGCAAAGAUGAGAGUAGCUCAUCGGCCGACUCCAUUGAAGGAUUUAAAGAUGAUUUGAAUGACCCUGACUACUCUCCCGAGCGUUCCCAGGGUCCAGAGCGUAAAACCAAAAAAUCUCCCACACCGCUGAUGAAAGCCGACAUUGUGAAGACAAAACGUCCAGCGUUGAACUUCAAACGCUUCCCGCACAAACCGUGUACUCCGCAGCAGCGCAAACUCAAAUUGAUGUUGCCCCCUCGACCUACACCAACGCAGACUAUAAAUAAUGCGUCCGCUUCCCUUGCUGCUGCCACUGUUUGUGCAGUUCCGCGGACAGUCACCUCCCCUAUUGUGAUCAAUGGUUUAAACGUACCUAUUCAGCCUGGUGCCUCACAGAGCAGAACCAUUGCCAUUCGCUUGGACAACUCAAGGACAGAAAGUCAGCAGCAAGUUGUGAUUCAGAAUCCAGAUGCAGCCACUAGCUCACCGCCACCACCGGCUCCUGCCCCUCAGGUCCUUCUGGUAAACCGACAGGGUCAAAUUCUGAUCAAAGACCCGAGAUCAAACACUUAUCAGUCACUCAGUACAAACUCUCCUGCCUACAAUAAAAUAAGCCAAAUUGCUAAGAUUCUCCACAGUGGUAAUGCCUUGCAGCGCUCGGUCCCUCGUGUUAUAAUAAAACCUCGUUCCAGCCUCUCUGCCGCAAACGUCCUCUCUGCCGGUAACCACACAACAACAUCCGAGAGAAAAAUCAUUGUCCGAGUAGUGCCUGUGAAAAGCACUGCGACCCCAGCUCCCGCAAAUCCCACGACUCCCACAACCCCUGUCAGCGUGCAGAGAGUUCCUGAAGCAAGUUUCUCCAACAUCGAGGAAAGCACAGCCCAGGCUAUUAUUGACCGAGCCAUGGCCACCCACCGUGACACGCCAAAGACAAAACCCAUCAUCCUCGGUAAAACUCAACGACCAAAGGCAAAACAUCGAAGACCAUCUCAGUUCCAGGACGCAGAGGUCUCAGAUCAGACACCAGCUGAACAUUUAGAGUCCCCCAGUGGUUUCCUCAGUGAACCAAAUGUCAACCUGCAACCAACACCUGCUUCAUCACGUCACCAGGUGAGGGUCAAGAGAGUGUCAUCGGUGUUGGAACGGCCCUCCAGGAAGAAAUCCAAGAUGGACUUCUUUAGGGAUCCGUCAAGUGAUCUGGAUGAAGUUAAUGAAGCCAGACCAGGUGGUGUGAGAAUGAAGGCUCCAACAAUGAAGGAUAUCCUUGAUAUGGACCAGGAGAAUAUGUUGCACGAGCCCGAGGCGUCAAAGAUUACUGCUCCACCGCCUCCGACACCCUCCAGGCAUCCUCGUGUUGGGAGUCCCCCCACAGGCAAACAAACAGACAGUCACACUCAGGGUAAAACACACAUGUGGGUCAGUGCUCGCCAUGGAGACCUCUCUGAAUGGGGCCCUUAUUCAGGUUUUAGCUCAGAAGAAGAUGCACCUGCACCCAAACACAAAAAGAGGACAUACAUGAACCAGCCCCACCUGCGUUUUGAAAUCACCAGCGAUGAUGGCUUCAGUGUAAAGGCUAACAGCAUAGAGGUCGCCUGGCGUGCGGUGAUUGACGGCGUCCUCGAAGCUCGAGCAGGCUUCCACCUGAAGCAGCUGCCUCUGGGCGGGAUGAGCGGGCCACGGGUGCUCGGCGUCGUCCACGAUGCCGUCAUCUUCCUGCUGGAGCAGCUGCAGGGUGCCGCAAACUGCAAACGCCACCGCUUCCGCUUCCACCGCUGUGAUAACAUCGAGGAAGAGCUUCCCCUAAAUCCAAGCGGCUGUGCUCGUACUGAAGUCUACACGCGGAAAGUGACUUUUGAUAUGUUCAACUUCCUGGCAUCACAGCACAGAGAGCUCCCUGAUAUGCUAGUAGGCCCCAUUGAUGAAGAGGAGGAUGAUUUCCCACUGAAAUCUUCCAGGAGAGCCACCAGCAGUGAGCUUCCCAUGGCAAUGAGAUUCAGACACCUGGAAAAAAUCUCCAAGGAAGCAGUAGGAGUUUACAGAUCUGAAAUUCAUGGUCGUGGACUUUUCUGCAAAAGAAACAUUGAGGCUGGCGAGAUGGUGAUUGAGUACGCCGGCACCGUCAUUCGCGCUGUCCUGACAGAUAAGCGGGAGAAAUAUUAUGACAGCAAGGGCAUCGGUUGCUACAUGUUCCGCAUCGACGACUUCGAUGUUGUGGACGCAACGAUGCAGGGCAACGCGGCUCGUUUCAUCAACCACUCGUGCGAGCCAAACUGCUACUCUCGGGUCAUCAAUGUGGACGGCGGCAAGCACAUCGUCAUCUUCGCCCUGAGGAAGAUCUACCGCGGCGAAGAACUGACCUAUGACUACAAGUUCCCCAUUGAGGACGAGAACAGCAAGCUGCGCUGCAACUGCGGUGCGAGACGCUGCCGCCGCUUCCUGAACUAGUACAACACACGCACCACGUACCUAUUGGCCAUCUUGUUUAAUGCACUUGAAUACAGGAGACAGACUUUGACUGACUGAUAAAGGCACCUGUUGUGACUUAGCCAUAAGAGUGAGGUCACCUGUACACACCUGUAUCUACUGAAAGUCUUUGUUUUGUUGGAAGCUUAAUUUAUAGACUGAUGGAGGACGGCAUGUGUUUGCUCAUUUCUGUUCUCUAAACUGCUGUGAACAGUCACACAAACCAGAUUAGAGCCAUAUGUCAAAGCUUGGGAUGAAUACUAUUUAUGUGAUUUCAGACUGCUGGAUUAUUGGUCUGUUAGGAAGUGUAGUUUAAUUAAGGAAACCGCACAAUUUUUUGGGAUUUGUGUACUGUUUUACCAUCUCAUACAACACAUUCUUUGAGUUUUACAUUGUUGAACUUGACAGAAGCCUCUGCUGGAACUGGAGCUAGACAAGAGACGGGAGGCAAUUAUUACCAGCAACAAACUGAAAUAACCUGAUUGCAGCUAUAACUGUUUAAAGAGGGAUCUAUUAUUAUGCUGGGGACAGUGUUUUUGUAAAUACAAGGUCACAGAGAAGGAUGAGGAGAAUUUAUUCAGCACCUUACUUUGACACAACCUUCUCUGGCAGCACUGGUGUCGCAGCAGACGGGACAAAUUUUACUUUGGAGCUAAAUAAACAAAUUUGACUCAAGGCACCUUGUGUGUACAUUGUAGUGCAGCUACAUUUUAAUCUUAUCUGGAUACCACAAGUCUUGUGAGCAGGGACUCCAAUAUUUUAGGUGCUGGUGACAAAGUAGUUUUAAUAAAGUCACCCAAACCUUUUUCCCCCUCCUCAUUCAGUCAGCUGAAAUUUCCUGUUUUUAUUUGUGACGGCAGAGAUGCUGUGAUCUAAAUGAUUUUAUCCCGACAUUAUAGUCUGUUCUUUAUUUGUUAAUUUGUGCUGUUUGUGUAAUUAAGGUCUAUGAGGGAGAGUUUCCUUGGUGCAGGGUUCAAAUAGUGAUCUUGCUCUGCACAGUCCCUUAUACAUCUUUUUUUUUUGUAUUUUUGUAUAUUUGAACAAUAAAUGUAUAUUCAACAAGCUGAUGCAAAUAAAUGUUUGAGCGUUUAACUUUC